UGAUAGACGACAAAGGAGGGUGGUGGUGGAUUGUUUAUUUCUAAAAAAUGAGUGAUUACAGCAGUGAUGAAAAUGAAAGCGAAAUUGUUUUAUACAGAAACAGAAAGGAAUGGCGAGAUGUUACUCCUGUACCCCAAGACGAUGGUGAAGAUCCUGUAGUAUCUAUUGCCUACACAGAAGCUUAUGAAGACUGCUUUGACUACUUCCGGGCCGUUCUGAAGAACAAGGAAAUAUCCGAGAGGGCUUUGGAGAUAACCAAAACAGCGUCGUUCUUCAACCCGGCCAACUACACGGUAUGGCAAUAUAGGCGCGAGAUCCUCAAAGGACUCAACAAGGACCUGCACGAGGAACUCGACUUGAUCCAGAAGGUGAUACUGAAACAGUCGAAGAAUUACCAGGUGUGGCACCACCGCAAGGUACUCAUCGAGUGGCUGCAGGAUCCGUCGAAGGAGAAAUUUUUGACCGAGUCGGUUCUGGCAAAGGACGCCAAGAACUACCACGCCUGGCAACACCGGCAGUGGGUCAUAAAAACGUUCAACCUUUACGACGGGGAAUUGGAAUAUAUAGACACGCUACUAGCGGACGACGUUAGGAACAAUUCAGCGUGGAACCAAAGAUAUUUCGUCGUAAAUAACACGACGGGCUUCACGGACGAGGUGCUCGACCGCGAGAUAGACUACACCCUAUUCAACAUCAAAGCGGUUACGGAAAACGAGAGCGCCUGGAACUACUUGAGGGGGCUCCUCCUUCACGACAAAGGGGGCCUGAGCAAGAACGAGAAGGUGACGGAGUUCUGCGAGGAGCUGUACAAGUCCGGCAACCGUUCCCCCUUCCUCCUGGCCGUCCUGGUGGACAUGUGCUACGAACAGGUGAACGAGGGCGGGGGAGACUCGGUUUACACCUUGGAGAGGGCCAGGGGGCUGUGCGACGAUCUGGCGGCGAAGUUCGACACCGUCCGGGCCAAGUACUGGUAUUACAUGCUGGAGACUAUAGAGAAAAAGUCGCAGGAGGGGUCGGAGGCCGGCGGGGCCUCCAGCUCGAAUUAAUUAUUUGUUCGGGUGUCGCCAUGUCGCGGAAAUUGCAUUCCAGGUAAUCGUUGGCGGUUUUGUUGAGGAGGAACUUUUUUUUUAGUUAAAUGCUGUAUGUGGGGCGGGGGACGGGCUCUUUACAAAGUUUACUUUUUAUAUACUUAGAACGGCAGAAUUAUUAGUAAAAAUAUGGUGGAUUUAUAAAAAAUGU